GAUUGGUCGAAGUUUGCACCGGCUAUGGUGAUUGGUUGAUUAUGAGGCGCAGAUUAGCCGCUGUGCGUGAAGAAACGUUUUGAACCGGAUGUAAAACAACAGUCGUACCAAUGCGAAAGUCUUCUAGACUCAGUUAUUGGUAAACGUGACCUUUGGACACGAUGUCUGACCGUGACCGCCGAACAUCAGAGCCGGCUGGGCUGGACGGUCUGCCGCCGUUGUACAGCAUUGCCAAAGGAGAGGUGGUUUCUGUGCAAACAUAUGGAGCAUUUGUCCGACUGCCAGGAUACAAGAAGGAAGGUCUGGUACAUGUGAGUGAGAUGUCAGCUUCCCGGGUUGAGAGUGCUUCAGAGAUUGUGGACGUGGGGGAACAUGUAUGGAUUAAAGUCAUAGGGAGAGAGAUUCAGGGUGACAAGGUGAAGCUGUCCUUCUCCAUGAAAGCUGUUAAUCAGGGAACAGGGCGGGACUUGGACCCCAACAAUGUUAAUGCGGAACAGGAUGCAAGGCGGCGUAAGCAGUUCAGAGACCAAACCAGCAACAGGAUCACGCUGGAGGCUGUGCUCAACACCACAUGUUCAAAGUGCGGCUGCAAGGGUCACUUUACAAAGGACUGUUUCUCUGCUCCUGGCCUGCAGUACGCUCUUUUGCCAGAAGAGGACGAUGAAGAGCCACAGCAGCAAACCUCUAAAGUCACACCACAUCAAGAUUCAGACAAAAAGAAGAAAAAGAAGGAAAAGAAGGCGAAGAAGAAGAGUAAGAAGAGGGAGAGGAAGGAGUCCGAGAGUGACAGCAGCAGCGGCGGCAGUGAAUGCAAAUCCAAGAGGAGGCGCCAGGAGCACGAUCGUGACAGAGAGGACAAGAAGAAGAAGAAACACAAAAAGCAUAAAUCACACAAACACAGCUGAGAAACACGC